AUGGGCGCCGACGAAGCCGGCUGCGGCUACAAGAACAAGAUCAAAGCCGAUCUCGAAGCCGACCCGCGCGUCUCCAAAGUCAUCGACGUCGGCGUCGACUCCUCGUCCGACAAAACCGCCUAUCCGCACCCCGCCGUCGACGCCUCGAAGCUGAUCAAGUCCGGUGAAGCGGACCGCGCGCUUCUGAUCUGCGGGACUGGGUUGGGAGUGGCGAUAAGCGCGAAUAAAGUGCCUGGGAUCCGGGCGGUGACGGCACAUGAUAGUUUUAGCGUGGAGAGGGCGGUUUUGAGCAAUAAUGCGCAGGUGUUGUGUAUGGGUGAGCGGGUGGUGGGAGUCGAGUUGGCGAGACGGUUGGCGAAGGAGUGGCUGGGAUAUGAGUUUGAUCCAAAGAGUGGGAGUGCGGCGAAGGUGGAUGCGAUUAUGGAGCACGAGAAGAAGAAUUUUGCAAAUGGUGCUGCGUAA